CAGAGCGCGAGGGCGCGCUCGCGAUCGGGGCGCGAGCCGCGUUGCGCAGCUGCGGUGCGCGCAGCCCCGCCGCCAGCAGCAGCGGCAGCGGCAGCGGCAGCGGCAGCUCAGCGGCAUUCAGCGAGCGGGGCUGCUGGGUGCGCUGGAGAGAGACGCGCGGGGCGGAGGAGGAGGAGGAGGAGGAGGAGGGGGAGGAGGAAGGAGAAGAAGAAGAAGAAAAAGAAGAAGAAGAAGAAGAAGAGAGGAGCAGCAAGAACAGGAGGAGGAGGAGGAGGAGGAGGGAGACGGAGGAGCCGGGGGAGGAGGAGGCCACACGGCCACCAACUGAAACAAAGUCUCCGCGAGCCCGCACCCAACUCCACCUUGUGAGGCUCCCCAGCAUGGCUUCCGAGGAACUCUACGAGGUAGAGAGAAUUGUUGACAAGAGGAAAAACAAGAAGGGAAAAACAGAAUAUUUGGUGCGAUGGAAAGGAUACGACAGUGAAGAUGAUACCUGGGAGCCAGAACAGCACCUUGUUAAUUGUGAGGAAUAUAUACAUGAAUUUAACAGACGUCACAAUGAAAAGCAGAAAGAAAGCACAUUAACCAGGACAAACAGGACCUCUCCAAAUAAUGCCAGAAAACAAAUUUCUAGAUCUACCAAUAGUUCUUUUUCAAAGACAUCCACUAAAUCUUUAGUUAUGGGUAAAGACCAUGAGUCAAAAAAUAAUCAACUCUUUACUGCCACCCAGAAGUUCCGGAAAAACAACUCACCAUCUCUUUCUGGAAGGAAAAAUAUGGACCUUGCAAAAUCAGGUAUUAAAAUUCUAGUGCCCAAAAGUCCAAUUAAGAGCCGGACAACUGUUGAUGGCUUCCAGAAUGAAAGCCCUGAUAAAAUGGACCACAUAGACCAGGAUCAAGAAGACUCUGUAGCACCAGAAGUAGCAGCAGAAAAACCAGUGGGAGCGUUAUUAGGACCUGGUGCAGAGCGUGCCAGGAUGGGGAGCAGACCAAGGAUACAUCCAUUAGUGCCACAAUUGCCAGUGCCAGUAACAGCCACAAUUGCAUCAGCAUUAACAAUAAAUGGAAAAGGUACAUCCACCUUUAUGGAAGCAUUAGCAGCCAAUGGUACAACCAACAUACAGACUUCUGUAACAGGAGUGACAGCCAGCAAACGGAGGUUUAUUGACGACAGGAGAGAUCAACCUUUUGAUAAAAGGCUACGUUUCAGUGUGCGACAAACGGAGAGCGCAUACCGGUACAGAGACAUUGUUGUUAGGAAACAAGAUGGAUUCACACACAUUUUGCUAUCAACAAAAUCAUCGGAAAAUAAUUCACUAAAUCCAGAGGUAAUGAAGGAAGUCCAAAGUGCACUGAACACAGCAGCUGCAGAUGACAGUAAACUCGUGCUGUUUAGUGCAGUUGGUAGCAUUUUCUGCUGUGGUCUUGAUUUUAUUUAUUUUAUACGACGCUUAACAGAUGAUAGAAAAAAGGAAAGCACUAAGAUGGCAGAAGCUAUUAGGAAUUUUGUGAAUACUUUUAUUCAGUUUAAGAAACCUAUUAUUGUAGCAGUAAAUGGCCCAGCCAUUGGACUUGGAGCAUCUAUAUUGCCUCUGUGUGAUGUGGUUUGGGCUAAUGAGAAGGCUUGGUUUCAGACACCGUACACUACUUUUGGACAAAGUCCAGAUGGAUGUUCAUCCCUUACAUUCCCCCGGAUAAUGGGCCUGGCUUCUGCCAAUGAAAUGUUGUUCAGUGGGAGGAAGUUGACUGCGCAGGAAGCUUGUGCCAAAGGACUCGUCUCUCAAGUGUUUUGGCCAGGAACAUUCACACAAGAAGUAAUGGUUCGAAUUAAGGAACUUGUCGCAUGUAAUUCAGUUGUACUUGAAGAAUCCAAAGCUUUAGUACGUAAUAUCAUGAAGGUGGACUUGGAACAAGCAAAUGAAAAGGAGUGUGAAGUAUUGAAGAAAAUCUGGGGCUCAGCACAAGGGAUGGACUCAAUGUUAAAAUACCUGCAGAGGAAAAUUGAUGAGUUCUGAUGAGAUGCCCAUUGACACUGGAAUUGUAUUUCUUGGACAUCAGGGCAAACAGCAUAUGCCCAUUUAAAAUCCUAUAUAAACUCACCCCUUGCUCAGCUUGGGAACAGCAGUGGAACUUCCCCCACCUUUUAUUGUCAAGGGGUUUAAAAGUACUGUAUCACUUAAAUUUGAACAAAACUCCUUUCUCCCUGAUUGUUACAUGUAUAUAUGCACAUACAUAAUGUGUGUGCAUAUAUAUAUAUAAACUUUUUAUAUAUAAGUAUAUAUAUAUAUAAUGUGUGAGAGUGUGUAUGUAGACACACACACACAAGAAGCUAAAAAAUGAUAGAGUGCACUACCAAACAUCUCUUUAAAGGCUAUAGUUUUUGUUAUCUUUGGCUAGUACUGUAUCAAAUAGAGAAUGGAUUAAAAAGUGAAUGGUGUUGCAUUUAUUUUCUGUGUGGCAGGGAAGUCUGGAAUAACGCUUUUCUUUUUUCAUUAGAAUACAGAACUGAAACGGGUAUUAGCCAGCCCUUACUUUCACUGCCCAACAAAUCAGCUCAGAUGUAAGGCAUUGUCUCAGAAGAAGGUUGACAUACCUCAACUAAUGGAACACUCUAAAUUUUUUCAGAAUUGAACUCCAGAAAGAUUAAAUCACAAAAAUCCCCCAAAAGAGUGUGCUCAGGAUUAAUGCUAAGAAAACACUCUAUGCUUUUUUUCUGGGGGGAGGUAUAGAGGGGUGGGAAGAAGGUAGCAGGAAUACAUUUAAUUCUUACCCAGACAGCAUGAAGAAACCACUGUCUCUUGGGGAAGGGGAAUGAGGGGAAGUGCAGGGGGAAGGAAAAAAAGACAAAAAAAGCUUGUUUUGCAGUAUUAGUGAAUCACUGAAUAUCUAUGUAUGAAUAUCCUAAGUUAUAAGUUAGUUUAGUGGUUUUUUAAUAGCCUCUGUUUUUUCUUUCUUUUUUUUUUUUAAUAACUACAUAAGUGCUUAUGUUGCUGGGUGAGAAUACUACUUUAUAUACAUUUUUUUUUCCUAUUUGCUGGUUUAAUUGAUGUAUUACACCAAAAAUGCAUUUUAUGUUCAUAAAUUUUAGGUUCACUUAGAAUAUAUUAUUUAAUAAGUUAAAAUUCUUUUGGCACACUAUUAAGUAAAAAAAAAAAAUUUAAAAAAACUACCUUAUAUUAGAUGUUUAAUGUUCUUUGUCUAUGCUUUUUUAUUAUUUUAAAUAUACACUAUAUACAGUAUGGUGUAAAAGAGUGCCCUGUGUAAAUAGACCUAUUUUGCAUUCCUUUCAGGAGUGGUUAUUGAUUCCUGACUGCAGAUAUCUAUAAUUACUUGGGUAUCUGUGCUUGCAAUCUUAAUGAAUGUAUUAUGAAGAAUGAAAAAGAAAUCAAACCUUAUUUUUGUACAGUUUUGAAGUUUUUAACUUGGAACUGACCCACCUCCCCUUCCCAGUGGAGAGCUGUACAGUGUGUAAAUCUGCCUUUACCUUGGAUUGGUACAGUAUUUUUGCAUCUGUGGGACCUACUUUUUUGUUCUAGUAGUUUAAACUAUAUAUAAACUGUACAAUCUGUAAAGUUUUUAUAGAAUAAAUAUUCAGCUGUGAAAACUGGUUAAAUAAAACUAAUAUUUCUUAACACAUUUUAAA